AUGGCUGGCAGACCCGGAGGCUACUCCAACCAGCGCAAUGAUCUCCUUCUCGACCUCGAGGAUGAGCAGCCCGUCUAUGGCGGAGGACAGAGAUCAACGAUGAACGACGAUGACCUGCUACGAUCCUACACAAAAGACCAGGACGAAUCCCAAUCACGACCAUCCGUGUCUUACGACGACUUCAUCGGCGCCGGUCAGACAACCCAUCCAUCCGCAAAACCCCCACCCGGCGCAUCUCCGAGACAAAGAGGUCCGUAUUUCGAAGAGGGAGAGAGGCAAUACAGCCAGACGUCAGAUCUGGGCAAUUACCAGAGAUACGCUGACGACCUGGACGACUACCCGGACGACGGGCAAUCUUACUAUCAAAGUGGAGGGCGAUUGGGCACAGGAGGCUCUGCCGCCGACGGAAGACAAAAUGCGCGACAAAGGAAUAGCAUCCUCAGCUUGGGAGGAGGCUUCCUGGGGAGGGCCAAGAACGCCCUCGGGAUGGGCCAGGGCUAUUCAGAGAUGGACCUACCUCUCACGGAACCGGGAGGACAAGGACAAGGACAACGGACAGACUCUGGCGGGCUGGAGCCGCCACCACAACAGAAGUCUAACAAGAAAUUUGACAUGGGCAACUUCAAGUUCGGGUUUGGACGAGGCAAGCCUGAUCCGUCGACAUUGGGGCCUCGUAUCAUACAUCUGAAUAACCCCCCUGCCAACGCUACCAACAAAUACGUCAACAACCAGGUCUCAACAGCGAAAUACAAUGUUGCGACUUUCCUACCGAAGUUUCUAUUCGAGCAAUUCUCCAAAUACGCCAACAUCUUCUUCUUAUUCACCGCCGGUCUGCAACAGAUCCCCGGUCUCUCCCCGACGAACAAAUAUACAACCAUCGGUCCCCUCAUUGUCGUGCUAAUGGUGUCCGCUGGUAAGGAGCUUGUAGAGGAUUACCGGAGAAAACAAGCAGACAAAGCAUUGAAUAUGUCGAAGGCGCGGAUCCUACGAGGCUCCUCUUUCGUCGAAAUGAAAUGGACUGAUGUCGCAGUGGGUGACAUAGUGCGAGUCGAGUCAGAAGAACCAUUCCCUGCCGACUUGGUUCUCUUGGCUAGUUCCGAGCCGGAGGGUCUAUGCUACAUCGAGACGGCUAACUUGGACGGAGAGACGAAUUUGAAGAUCAAGCAGGCCAUUCCGGAGACAUCAUCAUUGGUCAGCUCCAGCGAACUUGGCCGGUUAGGAGGCAAGAUUCGUUCAGAGCAGCCCAACAGUAGCUUGUACACAUAUGAAGCUACCUUGACCGUUCAGUCCGGAGGCGGAGAGAGGGAACUGCCGCUCAACCCGGAGCAACUCCUACUCCGUGGCGCUACCCUUCGAAAUACUCCUUGGAUCCAUGGUGUGGUAGUAUUCACCGGUCAUGAAACGAAGCUCAUGCGAAAUGCUACUGCCGCCCCUAUCAAGCGAACCAAGGUCGAGCGCCAACUCAAUAUGCUCGUGUUAUGUCUUGUGGGAGUGCUGCUUGCUCUAAGUGUGGUCUGUACCGUUGGAGAUCUAGUCAUGCGUAAAGUGGAAGGUGAUGGGCUGGAUUAUCUUCAACUGACCGCGACCAACUCGGCUGGCAAGAUUGCCGAGACUUUCCUGCGGGACAUGGUUACAUACUGGGUCUUGUUUUCGGCUCUUGUGCCAAUCUCCCUGUUCGUCACACUUGAACUCGUCAAGUACUGGCACGGUAUCCUUAUCAACGACGACUUGGAUAUCUACUACGACAAGACAGACACGCCUGCGAACUGCCGAACCUCGAGUUUGGUCGAAGAGCUUGGAAUGGUUGAAUACGUCUUUUCGGACAAAACGGGCACGCUGACCUGCAAUAUGAUGGAGUUUAAGCAGUGUUCUAUUGCCGGAAUUCAGUACGCAGACGAAGUCCCGGAGGAUCGUCGAGCAACGAUCGAGGACGGUGUCGAGGUGGGCAUCCACGAUUUCAAACGACUUCGCGAGAACCUUAAAACUCAUGAGAGCGCCCCUGCAAUCGAGCACUUCUUGGCAUUGUUGUCUACCUGUCACACUGUCAUUCCUGAGAGAGAUGAGGAGAAGGGCGGGAAAAUCAAGUAUCAAGCUGCUUCCCCUGACGAGGGUGCUCUGGUUGAAGGUGCGCUUAUGCUGGGCUAUAAAUUCACGAACCGCAAGCCGAGAGCUGUCAUCAUCGAGGUCGAGGGACAAGAGUACGAGUAUGAGCUUCUUGCCGUCUGCGAGUUCAACUCUACUCGAAAGAGAAUGUCGGCAAUCUAUCGCUGCCCAGAUGGCAAGAUUCGCUGCUAUUGCAAAGGCGCUGAUACCGUCAUCCUGGAACGCCUGAAUGAGAAUAACCCGCAUGUCGAGGCCACUCUUCGCCACCUAGAGGACUAUGCGUCGGAAGGUCUACGAACACUAUGUCUUGCCAUGCGUGAGAUUCCCGACCACGAGUUCAAGGAGUGGUGGGCCAUUUAUGACAAAGCCCAAACCACAGUGUCAGGUAACCGUGCAGACGAACUCGACAAAGCCGCAGAGAUCAUCGAACACGACUUCUUCCUUCUUGGAGCGACCGCUAUCGAAGAUCGCUUGCAAGACGGCGUGCCUGAAACCAUCCAUACGCUUCAGCAGGCUGGUAUCAAGGUGUGGGUCUUGACAGGUGAUCGCCAGGAGACAGCCAUCAACAUCGGAAUGAGCUGCAAACUGCUGAGUGAGGACAUGAUGUUGCUAAUUGUCAACGAGGAGAGCCCCGCCGCGACUCGUGACAAUAUCCAGAAGAAGCUCGAUGCCAUCAGGACGCAAGGUGACGGGACCAUCGAGACGGAAACACUGGCUUUGAUUAUCGAUGGCAAGUCUCUGACGUAUGCUCUCGAGAAAGACCUGGAGAAGCUAUUCCUUGAUCUUGCUAUAAUGUGCAAAGCGGUCAUAUGCUGCCGUGUCUCCCCUCUUCAAAAGGCUCUGGUCGUCAAGCUGGUCAAGAAGUAUCAAAAGGAAUCGAUCCUCCUUGCCAUUGGUGAUGGAGCGAACGAUGUGUCGAUGAUCCAAGCAGCGCACAUCGGUGUCGGUAUCAGCGGCAUGGAAGGUCUCCAGGCGGCACGAAGUGCAGACGUGUCAAUUGCGCAGUUCCGAUAUCUUCGAAAACUUCUCCUUGUUCAUGGUGCAUGGAGCUACCAGCGAGUGAGCAAGGCUGUUCUUUACUCGUUCUAUAAGAACAUCACGCUGUAUUUGACACAAUUCUGGUAUACUUUCCAGAACGUGUUCUCGGGUGAGAUCAUCUACGAGUCGUGGACAUUGUCCUUCUACAACGUUUUCUACACCGUGUUACCUCCUUUGGCCAUGGGUAUCCUCGACCAGUUCAUCUCGGCUCGUCUUCUUGAUAGAUACCCUCAGCUAUACUCCUUGGGGCAGCGGAAUGAGUUCUUCAAGGUCAAGACAUUCGCGGGGUGGAUUUUGAAUGCUGCUUACCAUUCUAUCAUCCUCUACAUUGGCGGUGAGCUUUUCUGGUACGGCGAUUUGAUUCAAGGAGACGGCAAGGUCGCUGGGCACUGGGUCUGGGGAACUGCGCUGUACGGUGCUACGCUCCUGACGGUGCUCGGCAAGGCUGCACUGGUCACAAAUAACUGGACAAAGUACCACGUCAUCGCCAUCCCCGGUAGCAUGGCGAUCUGGUAUGUCUUCAUCGCCGUGUAUGGGACAGUCGCCCCCAUGCUCAAGAUCUCAACCGAAUACCACGGUCUGGUACCCCGACUCUACGCAAGCCCUGUCUUCUGGCUCCAGACCUUUUGCCUGGCCAUCCUGUGUCUGCUUCGGGACUUCGCAUACAAGUAUGCCAAGCGGAUGUACCGUCCGCAGACGUAUCACCACAUUCAGGAGAUCCAGAAGUAUAACAUCCAAGACUACAGGCCUCGUAUGGAGCAGUUCCAGAAGGCCAUCCGCAAGGUGCGGCAGGUGCAACGCAUGCGCAAGCAGCGCGGUUACGCCUUCUCACAGGCAGACGAGAGCCAGGCCCGCGUUCUGCAGGCCUACGACACGACGCAGCAUCGUGGGCGGUACGGCGAGAUGACGAGCUCAAGGAGGUAG